AUUGUAUUUACUUUAAAUCGACAUUCAUUAGUUUACAGGGUACCCUUAUUUUGGAAUUAUCAUAGUAUCCUCGUAUGCCACCAAGCGCCAAAACCGAUAGCCAAGAGGGGUUCAACCGGAGCCAAGGAUUUCCCGCUUUUAAUGCCUCUCGACGUCGCCAACCGCCACCAAAGCUCAAGAAGCCAGUGCCACACUACCGUCAUUUAGUCCGAUGGAAUGUAAACUCAAUUGCCGAAUCAAUUGAAGAGCAACAAAUGAACCAGGACCUCAUAAUCCUUCGUCAAGGUCUCGAUCUCUUCUUAAACAAUCAAAUGGCAGAAUGUGAGGCUAUCUUGGCUAGAGGUCCUGAUAAAGCGCCAAAAUCUAUGUACUAUGAGUUGGCGAAGGGCCUCAUCCAAGGACUGCGAGCAUUGGUCACAUUUGACCCUGAAGAAAUCGAAUUGGGCAUGAAAGCUUUUGAAUCAGCCAUCAAGACUGCAGAUAAACAGCGCAAACCCUCCAUCGUCGGCCUGGGUUCGGUCAAAGCUGUAGGGUCUUUCGUCGUGGGUAGUAUUGGCGCCGGGUCCUUCAGGGGCAUGAACCGAGUGCAGAAGCACGCUGAGCUGAUUUAUGCUGAAUCAACGAUUUUGCGUUCGUUGUUGAGUGUCCUAUAUCAUAUUGACUUUUGGAUGAUUUUUGAAGAGUGUAUCAAUCUACGCCACGCCUUCACAAUUAUCCAGGGCCUCAAGUCUUUCAUGGAUAGUGUCGAGUCCGAGCUCCGAGCAGGCAAAAACAUUGAUCAUCAUCAAAUUGAUGAACAUCUUGUCUCAGGCGUCACGCUCUCAUAUUCGCUCUAUAAUAUCAUCAUUUCAUUUUUGCCUGAUAUCAUUAUCAAAAUGCUACAAUUUAUCGGGUUUCCUUCCGACCGUGAUUGGGGCAUGGCAAUGUUAGGAGCCUGCGGUGAUUGGGAUCCUAUGGCUCCACCAGAGACUCCUGCAGAGCAUGCUGAACGACUGGCAUCUUCUGCUAACGACGGUGUCCGACGACAGUUCUGUGACAUGGUGCCUAUUAUUUUUCAAGUCAUUAUUUCGUCUUUCAUCCCCAUGAAUCAUAUUGAUCUGGGUUACGCACAAAUGAUCAACGACUACAAUUUGGAACUCUAUCCUGAGUCAUGUUUCUUUUUGUUCUUCAAGGGACGCCACCUCCAAGUUACUUCAAAGCUAGAUGAGGCUGUGGCCACAUACAGAUCUGUUCAGGUUGAGGAGCCUCGGUGGCACAACUUGGGUCACAUCUUUGUCUUUGAAGAGCUGAUGUGUGCCAUGAUGCAAGGGGAGCAUGAGACAGCUUGCAAGAACAGCCGUCAACUUUUAAAGGAGAGUCGCUGGUCUAAAUGCUGCUUCCGAUAUCUGACUGCAAUUACAGGCUAUGAGCGUGGCGACUCUUCAGAGGAGAAAAAGAUUAAUACUCUGAUGGGGAAAGUGGAAGAUGGUAUGCAAAAAGUAGCAGGAAUGAACUUGUUUUUUGAAACGUUCUGUGCUCGCAAAUCCAAGCGUUUCAUUAAAGAGGGUCAUUUGCUACUACCCAGUUAUGAUUUCAUGUUAUUGUGGAACACUUUCGACAUGAUGCCCCCCAAGGUGCUCCAGAAGGCUCUUAUGAACAUCUCGUCCGAAAAUGCGAUUAUCCGUGACAGCAAAGUGGACAAUUAUGAAAAUUUUUACGAUGAUUACUGUCUAGCAUUUUUCCUUCAAGGCUUGGUAGCAUACCACAUUGCGUUCUUCCCGGAGCAGGCUUUCAACAACGAAAUGUGUAAACUGGCAUUGGAGUCCUUCAAGACAGUUUUCCGAUAUGCUCCUUUGAUCAAGGAUGAUACAUACACAUAUUAUUUUGCACAUUAUUACAGAGCCAAGAUUUGGAUUCACCAGGGACAUUUGGAUGAGGCCCAAAGCCGUUUCAAAUACUUGUUGGGUCUCUCAAAUACAAACUUGAUAGGUCUUCCUGCUUUAAUGGGAGGCAAGGGCAAGAACAGUUUGGAGUUUUUUGUGCUGAUGAAGGUACACAGUGGUCUCCUAGAUAUCGAGACAGUCAGAUCUGCAGCAGCUGGGGCAGAUGGAUCGAGUAUUCGAUCUGACGAGCAGUGAG